AUGAGUACAGAUAAAAAACAAGAAACAAUUGCCAAUAGCAACAAUAAUAAUAAUAAUACAUCACCUUCAAAUAUUACUACUCCUACUCCAACAACAGCAACAACUGAUAAAACAACAUCAACACCAACAACAACAUCAACAUCAACACCAACAACAACAUCAACACCAACACCAACACCAACACCAACACCAACACCAACACCAACACCAACACCAACACCAACACCAACACCAACACCAACACAACAAUCAAAUAUUUCAUCAUCAUCAAAUUCAACAGAACAAAAUAAUAAUAAUAAUAAUAGUAAUAAUAAUAAUGAUAUAAUUGAAAAAGAUUUAACAAAUAGAGAAAUUGAAAUUAAAAAGAUAGUAUCAAGUGCAGAAUAUACAGGACCACCAAAAAAAACUAUAUAUUUAGAGGAUAAUACAGAUAUAUUUGAUCCAAAUGAACCACAGAUAAAAGAGGAUAUAAUUCGUAUGAUUAUACAAUAUUUACAAGAUGAAGGAUAUACAGCAUCAUUAUUGACAGUUCAAGAUGAAGCCAAUGUUAAAUUCAAUGAACAUGUAUACAAGAUAACACAAAUGAAAAAGAUGAAAAAAGCGAUUUUAGAGGGUGAUUGGAAUGAAGUUGAAAAGUUAACAGCAAAGAAUACAUUUAAGAAUCACCAAUCAUUCCUUUAUGCAGUUUAUAAACAAGCCUAUUUGGAGUUAUUGGAGAAACAAGAGUAUCAAAAAGCAUUUUCAUACUUAACGAAACGUUUGAAACCAUUGGAAGGUCGUCAAAACAAUGCUGAUGAGUUUAAGGAUCUUUGCUAUUUACUCACUUGUAGAUCGGUUCAAGAGUUGAAUUCAUUCAAGAGUUGGGAUGGUUCAAAAGGUACCUCUCGUGAGAAAUUGGUUGAACAAUUUCAAUCAAUGUUGGAACUAGAGAAUACAAAAUCAACAGGUGCUCUAUUUCGUGUACCACCACAUCGUUUAAUUUCAUUAUUCAAACAAUCGGUUGCCUAUCAAAUUGAAUUUGGCCGUUAUCAUCCAAAGGUUAUGCCAAAAAUUAAAACACUUUUAGAUGACUAUAGUUGUUUUGUUUUACCCAAUAGUUUGAAAUUCAAUUGCAGUGGUCAUAAAAAGAAUGUUAAAUGUGUUGAAUUCAUUGGUAAUGGCUUAACAUUGGCUUCAGGUUCAAGUGAUAAUACAAUUAAACUUUGGAAUACUGAAACUGGUACUUGUAUUAACACCCUAACUGGUAAUACAAGUAGAAUUUGGGAUUUAUCUUCAUCUUCAAAUGGUAAUUUAUUAGCAAGUUCUGCUGGUGAUGGUAUUAUUAAAAUUUGGGAUGUUUCUCAAAAUAAAUCUUCAAUUUCAUCAUCAUCAUCAUCGUCAUCAUCAUCAUCAAUAACAUCAUCAAUUACAUCAGGUAUAAAUAGUAUUAGUAUUAAUAGUGGUAUUAAUAAUAUUAAUAAUAAUUUAAAUAAUUUAAAUAAUAAUAACAAUAAUAAUAAUAAAUCAAAUGUAAUUAAUAAUAAUUGUUUAUUAAGUUUAAAAGCACAUGAAGGUGAUGCAUAUACUGUUCAAUUUCAUCCAGGUCAAAAUCAUAUAGCAACUGGUGGUUAUGAUAAAUCAAUUCAUUUAUAUGAUGUUAGAACUGGUCAAUUGGUUAAAUCAUUCUCUGGUCAUACUGGAUCCAUUUCAAAGGUUAUUUUCAAUCCACAUGGUAAUUUAAUCAUUAGUGGUAGUAAAGAUAGUACUAUUAAAUUUUGGGAUAUCGUUAGUGGUGUUUGCAUUAAAACAUUAUCUUCUCAUUUGGGUGAAGUCACUUCAAUCGCUACCAAUAGCAGUGGUUCCUAUCUAUUAAGUGCUUCAAAAGAUAAUUCAAAUCGUCUUUGGGAUAUAAGAAAUGCUCGUCCAAUUAAACGUUUCAAAGGUCAUCAAAAUACUUCAAAAAAUUUCAUUAGAAGUUCAUUUGGUCCAAAUGAAUCUUUGGUGGUUGGUGGCUCUGAAGAUGGUUAUACUUACAUUUGGGAUAUUGAAACUUGUAAUAUCCUUCAAAAAUUAGGUACCCCUUCAAAUAAUAUGCCAAUGGUUUAUUCUGCAACUUGGUGUCAAGAACAAUCAUUAUUAGCAACUUGUUCUCAAGAUUGUUCUGUAAAAUUAUGGUGGUAUGAUAAAUCAAUGCCAGUUUUUAAUUCAAAUUAA